AUGGAGCAAUUUCUCAUCGACUACGCCGACCGCUACGAGGAGCUAGUUCAGGCCUUCAACCCCAAGCCCGCGGCUCCGGUCAGAGCGGGUUCAACAAACCCCGACUUUCUCGUCAGUACUCGCAUCAAACCACUGCUACCAGAUGAGAUCUCUCAGGGCUUUCCCGAGAGUGUCUGUUCACGCCCUGGUAGUGCGAAUAUCGUCGACUUGCACGAGGUCAAGAAGUCAGUGAAGGGGCUGCCUUGUCUGAAUUCCUUCAGCUACCCGGUCGACCGCAUCUUCGGCCCCGACAGCACCACCAAGCAAAUCUACAAUGCCAUUAUCCAGCCCCUCGUCCCCUGGGCCUGGGGCGGAGGUGUGAGCACCAUGUACGCCUACGGGCAGACAGGAUCAGGCAAAACCUUUCACCGUCAGCGGGUUGGAGGAGCACGGCACGUUGCAGAAACGUUGAUGGAUGGUACCCUAGAGGGAGAAAGAAAGCUGUGCAUGCGAGUAGACCUCCUCAACUCCCGCAAGCAAAUAUCCAUCCUCGAAGACUCCCUAGGCAACAUCCCCAGCUCGCCGGCGCCCAAGAACACCCCCCUCACGUCCAAGGCCGAGCUUCUUUCCCCUAAUCCCCACCGCAUGGCCCCAACCCUCAAAAACGACUCGUCCUCCCGCUCGCACGCCAUCUGCCGCAUCCGCAUCGAGAACCGCUCUAUUCCGGCAGCAGAAGAUGGGCUCCUCUACCUCAUCGACCUUGCCGGGUCGGAAGCCGCCCGCGACAAGUGCACCCACGACGCGGCGAGGAUGAGGGAAGCGAGAGAGAGAUCAACAUCAGCCUCUCUGCUCUAA